AUGACUAAUUAUAAACCUUUAAAUCAAUCAAUUGAUGAUGAUAAAAAUAAACAUUCUACAGAAAAUUUAAUUGAUACUACAACCGAUAAUACUAAUAUUAAUAAUCCAAGUUCUAAUCCUUGGAAGUUCCCAAUCUCAAUUUCCUUCACUUCUGAACCGAGUGAAUCAAAUAAAGAAAGAUCUGAGCUGAAUGGAAUAGAACAAGAGACAUUUGGACUGGAUAAAUUGAACCAGGAAUCAUCGAAACAAGUUAAAUCAAAUCAUGAAACAUCAAAACUGAAGAAGUUCCCAAUUUCAAUUUCUUUUACAUCUGAACCAAAAAAAAAAAAUGAAGAAAUAUCUGAACCGGACGAAAUCAAACAAGAAUCAAACCAGGAAUCAAUGGAACAAGAGAAACCAAAUCAUGAAACAUCCGAACUGGAUAUACCACACGAAGAAACAUCUGAACUGGAUAAAUUAAAUCAAGAAACAUCAACAAAAAAUUUGGAUGAUCUUGAAACACAAAGAGAACAACCACAAUUACCAUUAACAGGUUCAAAAGCUGGAAAAAUUGUAUUUUCUUUAGUAUCAGGAUCUAUAAUUUUUUUUUCUUCAAUAAUGAUGAUAUCAUUUGGAGAAAAUAAAUUAGUUAAAUGUUUUGGAAUAUUUGGUUUUAAUAUUUCAAUGUAUUUAUUAUUUAUUGCUGGUUGUAUUAUUUUUGAAUUAAAUAAAAUUCAUGGUGAACGUCAAUUUUCAGAUGUUUUGGGAGCUGCUUUAAUUGCUACUAUUUUAUUUCUGAUUGGUAUUAUUUGGUUAGUUCUUAAAUAUUUAUAA